CGCGUCUAUUCAGUUCUUAUUAAAUCUUCGCCAUGAGUACAGCAAAAGCCUCUGUAACCGCGAACCUCGUUACAGCUGUACCCGCCACCGCCCAAGCUACUAUCCCCUCCAAGCCAAACCUACCCACCUCAUUUCGCGAGCUCUACGUUGAACAACGCGAUCGUAUUUCUGUGAUUACAUUCAAUCGCCCUGAAGUUCGUAACGCGCUCACACGCCGGGGCUACAACGAAUUGAUAGGCGCGCUACGCGAUGCCACCUUCAACGACGCUAUUACAACAGUUGUAUUGACCGGUGCAGAUGGCUGCUUCACAGCAGGCAAUGACCUGACACAAUUGCGCCAAUACCCCAACGCGAACGCCUUCUUUCACUCCUCCAACUUCGUGCUGGGUCUGCUAGUCAAAGCGUUCAUCUAUUGUCCAAAAGUACUGGUAGCUGUUGUGGAUGGGCCUUGUGUGGGCAUUGGUUUUGUACUGGCGGCGCUUUGCGAUGUGGUAUAUUGCACGCAGCGCGCUUUCUUUCAAGCCCCCUUCACGCAGCUGGGCAUCUGUGCGGAGGGUGGUGCCACCUAUCUGUUGCCGCAGUUAUUGGGGCGCGCUAAGGCAUCCGAGUUGUUACUGUUCGGUACGCGCAUGAGCGCAGAGGAUGCGUUGAAUUUUAAUUUUGUGGCGCGCAUUGUACCAUGGGCGGAAUUGGAGCAUCAACUAUGGCCACAGCUGGAGAAGUAUGCGCGAUUGCCGGUGGAAUCGCUGCAAGCUACCAAGCGGCUAUUGAACAAACCCGUGGUUGAGCAAUUGUUAAUUGCCUUGCAGGCUGAAUGCCAGGAGUUGGAGCAGCUUCGAAAGGGCGAAACAUAUCAAAAUGCAAUAAAAGAGUUCAUGAAGCGCAAGGAAGGAGAAAAUUGUGAAAAUAAAAGUAAAUUUUGUCUUUGGGAUGCUAAACAGGAUCAGUAGCUUGGAAAAUGUACGGAAUGCUGAAUGUAGUCUGAGC